AUGCUCUUUCUCGGACUGAGCUACACUCUAACGAAACCCAAUCAGAACUUCCACCUAUCUUACAGUACAUGGACGAAUUUAACAGAAACCCUGUACUUGACGAUACUAGCCAACCUUCGAGAAGCCGUACCGAAGAUUUCCGAACUUUCCCCAAAAACCGAAAACCCUGACCAUACAUCUGUAUUAGCCCAAACCGAUUCUGACCAAGACGACGAAAACGAAACUGUCCAUCCUAGUAUCGAAAACCCCAUACAAACUGCAAAUACUACUGAAAAAGCCUUUCCAAAAGCAGAACAGGAUUGGAGAAAAAUAGCGAGAGGAUCUCAGUACAAGCGGAACUUUCCUCACUGUUUAGGUGCCAUUGAUGGUAAGCACGAUGCCUCCAAGCAACAGUGGCUCUAUAAACCUAAACAUAGUACGGUUAUUGAUGCUGCAAACAGCACUGGUUCAGAAAGUUCUAAUCGUCAGCCUCAACGAGAGUCCCGGAGUUCUUCCGAUAAACUCAGGAACAGCAAAAUUCCUCAACCAAAACAGGCCAGCUUAAGUUAA